AUGGAGAAGUUUACCAAUUGGAGAGAUAAGGGCACCGGCAUAGCGCCUUUCCUGCCCACACCUCCUCCUUUGUCGCAAGAAAAGGGUCUGGGACUGGUUCUCAAUAACGUAAAAUUCGUUUUCAAAGCCGUAUGUGUGUUUCCUCUGGCACUGCUGGCCUUGAUGAUGCCAGAGAUGGUCUCAAAGAAGCUUUGGCUGAUCGUAAUGAAGGUAUUGUUCAGUUGGAGCAUCCAAGUGGCGGCUCAAGGCGUGAAAAAGCGGGAUCAGCGGGGUGAAUUGCCAGCCACGGGUCAUGUCUACGUGGUAAACUGUAAUUGUCCUUUAGACGCCCUAGUGUUAUGGUUCUUGGCACAAGGGCCUGUAGCAUUCUGCGUUCCUUUAAUUCGUGGAAAGUCAACUCGUGUGUUCCAAUUGAGUGUUUGGCAGUUUUUUGAAUUUGCACUCAACAGUGGGCAAAUACACGGCGACCUUUCUAGCUUUCGCGAAGUGGAAACUGUUUCGCAGCUGAAAAACCAGGUUGUGUACGUUUUUGCCGAAGGUACCACGUCAAACGGGAAAAGCGUCUUGCCUUUCGCGUUUAGCCAAGAAUCAUGGUUAGACCUCUUGGAUCAGAGGAGCGCUACGGCCGGAUCUUCAUCCUCUUACAAUAGCAGCACAAGACUAUCCACCCCCAAGGUCGACAUUAACGCCAUACAGCUGAAAGUCAACAGCUCUCUUACCACGCCGUUGCGAAUCGAUAGAUGGAAAUAUCUGGUCAGAGCUUCCUCCCAGGGUGUCAGUUACAAGUGUAAAAUGAUAAAAUCGGUAGAGCCGCAACUAGAAAAGGUUCGCACAGCGCUUGUGGGAGGGGACAAGUUCCGUCUAGUAGGCAAGGAACUGAAUUUUGAGUCCAAGCUUAGGUUCGUUAAAGAAUUCGCAAGCCGAAGACGGUAG